UAGAAUCCAACAUUGUAGACUAUAAAAGAAUCUUUUUUUCUUUCUUUCUUUUAUGUGGAUGGAAUAUUCCAGUAUUAAAUUGCAGCUGGAUGGAAUCGUUUUAUUAUUAAAUUAAUGAAAUUCUUCUUCAGCGGCAGGUUCCGGUCAACCGGCCAACAAGGAAAUGGAAUCCCUUGAAGACAAAUAUGUUCUGUAACCACUGUUCUUCUCUUUCAUUCUUAGCACUUAUCCAACAAGGGUUUGUUAGCUGCCUAACAAAAACAAUUCUGUGCCUAAAUAUCUCCAGCUGAGGAAGGAAGAAGAUAAUGGGAAGCCGAACGCCUCACAUAGCCGUGUUUCCGUCGUGGGGGAUGGGCCAUCUCUUACCCUCUGUCGAAUUCGCGAAGCGUAUGUCAAUCCACCACGGCUUCGCCGUUACAUUCAUCACUCCUCCUGCCCUAACGGCUGAUAUCCGGAGCUUGGCUUCCUCGCUUCCGGAUAUUCGCUUCCUGGAUCUCUCUGUGCCCCACCUGGAUUCACUUCCAAUGAACGAUCCCUCAACCUGGUUCGCAGCAAUGGAAGAAUACAAAGGUCCAGUCAAACACGCUCUCGGAUCUCUCAAAGAUGAGCUCAGUGCAUUCGUCAUCGAUUUCUUCUGCGCCCCACUAAUCGAAGCCAGCACCGCCCUUAACAUCCCCACCUAUGUUUUAUCGACCGUAUCCGCCUCCAGGCUUUGCUUUAUGCUCUUCCAUGACACUCUUCAUUCUCAGACCACGGAAUCCCUCAAAGAUAUGGACGGUGCGGUGACUGCUCCAGGCCUGCCCUCCAUGCCCUCUCGAUAUUUCCCGAACGCCAUGCAGGACAGAACGCAACCACUUUACCAUCUCCUCCUCCGCAAUUCCCGUCUUCUUUGCACUGCCGACGGGAUUCUCAUGAAUACUUUUCAUGAUCUGGAGAGCGGCAGCAUUCGAGCUCUGAUCGAAAGGAAGCACGAGCUUCUCCCGAAAUGGGUCAAGAAAGGGCCCGAGAUUUAUCCGAUAGGCCCGCUGAUCCGGUGCCCGGAUGCAGGCCACGAAAAGAGAGACUGCCUCGAGUGGCUUGACCGACAACCGGACGCGUCGGUGAUGUUUGUGUCGUUCGGGAGUACGAACUGGUUUCUAUCGCCAGAUCAGACAAGGGAACUGGCGUUGGGGCUGGAGGCCAGCGGGUACCCAUUUUUGUGGGUGCUCAGAAGUGACAAGGACGUUUCAGCGUUGCUUCCCCCCGGGUUUGAAAUGCGGACUCGGGAUCGUGGUCUUGUGUGGACUUCGUGGGCACCGCAGAUACCCAUUUUGUCUCACCCGGCCACCGGGGGGUUCGUGAGCCAUUGCGGGUGGAAUUCUACGCUUGAGAGUGUGACGAGUGGACUUCCCAUUGUUGUGUGGCCUGUUCGUGCAGAGCAGAAGACAAACGCUUUCUUUCUAGUGAACGAGAUAGGAUUGGGCAUAGAACCAGAGUGGGGGCCCAAUUGGUGGGUGGGAAAAGAUGAGGUGGAGAGAGCGGUGAGGGAAUUGAUGGAAGGAGAGAAAGGGAGGAAGGUGAGGAUGAGGGCGGCAGAAUUGAAGGAGAGUGCGAGGAAGGCGGUGGCGGCGGGGGGAAGUUCCAUGGAUGUUCUCACGGCACUGGCUGCUCAAUGGAAGAACAGGGCCUCAUAAUUUACUCCACUUCUGAACUACACAAGACUUAAGCGAAGGUGUGGCUGAUCAGAGUUUAAUGAAAUUGGAAUUCCAGUUUGGCUAAGGUAUGGAAGUAUUUGAGUUUGUGAUUUAUGAGCGGUGGGCUCUAUUCUCCUCCAGAGAUUGGUUGAUUGUUCUUCUAUCUAUCUUUAGUUUUAACUAGGCUAUGAUAAGGGCUCCUACUUCACAAUUCUUAUACUUUUAUUUACCAAGUUGGAUUACCUUCCUCCAGAUUAGAUUUCUGUAACUUUUACUUGGUAAUUAAAACAUAUCAUCAUCACCUCCUUCUUAUUAUUAUUAGUUUUCAUUUUUAUUAAUGCAUUCACCCAAAAUUAAUAGA